CCCCUUAGGCUUGUCGCCAUGACCAAACUGAGCGCCCAAGUCAAAGGCUCCCUCAACAUCACCACCCCUGGGGUGCGAAUAUGGAGGAUCGAGGCCAUGCAGAUGGUGCCUGUUCCUCCCAGCUCCUUUGGUAGCUUCUUCGAUGGUGACUGCUACGUUGUCCUGGCUAUCCACAAGACGGGCAGCAGCCUGUCCUAUGACAUCCACUACUGGAUCGGCCAGGCCUCGUCCCAGGACGAGCAAGGGGCGGCUGCCAUCUACACCACGCAGAUGGACGACUUCCUGAAAGGCCGGGCUGUCCAGCACCGAGAGGUCCAAGGCAAUGAGAGCGAGGCUUUCCGCAGCUACUUCAAGCAGGGCCUUGUGAUCCGGAAAGGGGGCGUGGCUUCCGGCAUGAAGCAUGUGGAGACCAACUCCAGUGAGGUCCGCCGGCUGCUGCAUGUGAAGGGCAAGAGGAACGUGGUGGCUGGAGAGGUGGAGAUGUCCUGGAAGAGUUUCAACCGAGGGGAUGUUUUUCUCCUGGACCUUGGGAAGCUUAUCAUCCAGUGGAACGGGCCGGAGAGUAACCGCAUGGAGAGACUCAGGGGCAUGACCCUUGCCAAAGAGAUCCGAGACCAGGAACGGGGUGGGCGCACCUACGUGGCAGUGGUGGACGGUGAGAAUGAGAAGGAGUCCCCACAGCUGAUGGAGGUCAUGAACCACGUGCUGGGCAAGCGGAGGGAGCUGAAGGCAGCCGUGCCUGACACGGUGGUGGAGCCGGCACUCAAGGCCGCUCUCAAGUUGUACCACGUGUCUGACACAGAGGGAAAGCUGGUGGUCAGAGAAGUCGCCACACGGCCACUCACGCAAGACCUGCUCAAACAUGAGGACUGUUACAUCCUGGACCAGGGGGGCCUGAAGAUCUACGUGUGGAAGGGGAAGAAUGCCAAUGCCCAGGAGAGGAAGGGAGCCAUAAGCCAGGCCCUGAACUUCAUCAAAGCCAAGCAGUACCCCCCAAGCACGCAGGUGGAGGUGCAGAAUGAUGGGGCCGAGUCCGCUGUCUUCCAGCAGCUCUUCCAGAAGUGGACAGUGCCCAACCGGACCUCAGGCCUGGGCAAAACCCACACCGUGGGCUCCGUGGCCAAGGUGGAGCAGGUGAAGUUUGAUGCCAUGUCCAUGCAUGUCCAGCCUCAGGUGGCUGCCCAGCAGAAGAUGGUAGAUGACGGGAGCGGGGAGGUGCAGGUGUGGCGCAUUGAGAACCUAGAGCUGGUGCCUGUGGAGUCCAAGUGGCUGGGUCACUUCUAUGGGGGCGACUGCUACCUGCUGCUCUACACCUACCUCAUUGGCCAGAAGCCGAACUACCUGCUCUACAUCUGGCAGGGCAGCCAGGCCAGCCAGGAUGAGAUCACAGCCUCGGCCUAUCAAGCCGUCAUCCUGGAUCAGAAGUACAACAAUGAGCCAGUCCAGAUCCGAGUCCCAAUGGGCAAGGAGCCACCUCAUCUCAUGUCCAUCUUCAAGGGACAGAUGGUGGUCUACCAGGGAGGCACCUCCCGAGCUUACAACCCGGAGCCCGUGCCCUCCACACGGCUGUUUCAGGUCCGGGGAACGAGUGCCAACAGCACCAAGGCUUUUGAGGUCUCAGCCCGGGCCACCUCCCUCAACUCCAAUGAUGUCUUCAUCCUCAAGACCCAGUCCUGCUGUUACCUGUGGUGUGGGAAGGGCUGUAGCGGAGACGAACGGGAGAUGGCCAAGAUGGUCGCUGAUACCAUCUCUCGGACGGAGAAGCAAGUGGUGGUGGAAGGGCAGGAGCCAGCCAACUUCUGGGUGGCCCUGGGCGGGAAGGCACCCUACGCCAACACCAAGAGACUGCAGGAGGAAAAUAUAGUCUUCACUCCCCGGCUCUUUGAAUGUUCCAACCAGACUGGGCGCUUUCUGGCCACAGAAAUCCCCGACUUCAAUCAGGAUGACUUGGAAGAAGAUGAUGUGUUUCUGCUCGAUGUCUGGGACCAGGUCUUCUUCUGGAUCGGGAAGCAUGCCAACGAGGACGAGAAGAAAGCUGCCGCGACCACAGUGCAGGAAUACCUCAAGACUCACCCCAGUGGCCGGGACCCUGAGACCCCCAUCAUUGUGGUGAAGCAGGGACAUGAGCCCCCUACCUUCACAGGCUGGUUCCUGGCAUGGGAUCCUUUCAAGUGGAGUAAUGCCAAAUCCUACGAGGACCUGAAGGCGGAGCUUGGCAACUCUGGAGACUGGGGCCACAUCACUGCUGAGAUCACGAGCCCUAAACAGGACAUGUUCAAUGCUAACAGCAACCUCGAUUCUGGGCCUCUACCCAUCUUUCCUCUGGAGCAGUUGGUGAACGUACCUGUGGAGGAGCUCCCUACGGGUGUGGACCCCAGCAGGAAGGAGGCGCACCUGUCCGUUGAGGAUUUCACCAAAGUCUUGGGAAUGACUCCAGCCGCCUUCUCUGCCUUGCCUAGAUGGAAACAACAAAACCUCAAGAAAGCGAAAGGACUAUUUUAAGUCGCUGUGGCUUCGAAGCAGUUUCAUUUUGUUAUUACAGUGGAACCUCUGUUCUCAAACUUAAUUCAUUCUGGAAGGCUGGCUGUUCAAGAACGGGUUUGUUCCAAAACCUAAUUUUUUCCCAUUAGAAAUAAUAUAAAUUGAAUUAAUCCG